CACCGACCUGUAUUCUCAUAUGUUCUUCUCUGAUUUCUUCAUGUCUGAGUGUACGCCUCUGUGCCACAUAUUGCAAGCAAAUGUCUGCACUUGUAUCUGAUAGCACCACAGCAUCUUAACUCUCAUCAGCAGUUGUAAUUCAAUUUGAUUUAGCAUUCAAUGGCAUUUAGUAAGCGGCAAUAGUAUGCAUGACGCGCCUCAGAACAGCUUUCCUGUUUUCUAUGUUAUCCUCACUUCCUCAGCGUCAUCACGACAAUUUCUCGUCCGCUCCAUUUCUUUCCCGACCACCUUGUGUCCGCUUGGCGUUACCGAUGCUCCAAGAAACGCAAUUAACGAAGAUGAUGCCCUCUCCACACCAUACUUUCCAUCCACCCUUUCACUACUAUGCUAAGAUAAAGACAAUCCCGUGGCUCGUUCCAGUGAUGUCCGUUGAGAUCAUUCCAUCUAAUUUCCAGAACAGAUGCACACAGCCCAGUCGUUGCCUGCGUCACUGUUUGUCCGCGCAAACACUCGACGAGAUGCGGGAUGGAAUGCGGGUGUCAAAAGCGGCAAAUUCCCAAUAAGGUAUCGGGGACUUGGUUCCGGGGCGCGUCAAGCC